UUUGAGUGUUUUUCUGUGGUGGUGAAGUUAGCUUGUUAGCGGAGCUCAGAGCCCGAUGCCGAGAAGCUAAUGUUAGGCUGACGUUUGUCCCAGCGAGGCAGGCUGCCCUGACGGACAGACACACACACACCUUUAUGCGGUUUAAUGAAACAUCUCCUUUGUUUUUAUGUUGUUUGAGCUACGGUACCAAAAUCUGCAUUAGCAUGUAGUUACAUGUUGUAAAAGCUGAGUUAAAGCCAAGUCAAACGGGAAUAAAACACGGCAUGAUUUAGUUGUGGCAUUAAGAUUCAUGUUUCACUUUCACAAAGUUCACGUUAUAAGAAUGAAAUCUCUAAAGUGUGAUGAUAACGAUAAGAAGAAGAACAGUUAUUUUUAUAUUUCAAAAUCUACUUUACAAAGUGCUUCACAAAGGCAGAAAAAUAAACAUAACAGUCAUAAACGAAAGCAUAUUAUUUAAAUUGCUCUUUUGCUCUCAAAACAGAUGAUCCCAGAAAAAGGUUAACAGUUUCUAACAGUCAUGGCUUUAAGUUAAUGUUUAUUAUGAAGACUACGAGGGGUUUGUCUUUGCAGUGCAUCAGUGGUCAGUUUGAGUUUGCUGUGUUGUGUUCAGGGCUCGAUGUGAGCUGUGACUCGUCUCUCUGGCCCUGCAGAUUAACUCCCGCCUCCUGUUCGCUGUGCUGCCGUCUCUGCUGUCCAUUCCCAGUUACUAUGAGUGCAAUGCGCGUGGAUGCCAAAGUGGUGAUGCUGGGAAAGGAGAGUGUGGGGAAGACCAGCCUGGUGGAGAGAUACGUUCAUCACCGCUUCCUGGUGGGCCCCUAUCAGAACACUAUCGGUGCUGCUUUUGUUGCCAAACCAAUCCAGCUGGGAGACAAAGUGAUCACCCUGGGAAUAUGGGACACAGCUGGAUCAGAGCGCUACGAGGCCAUGAGCCGAAUCUACUACCGAGGAGCCCGGGCAGCCAUCGUCUGCUACGAUCUGACGGACAGCAGCAGCUUCCAGCGAGCUCGCUUCUGGGUGAAGGAGCUGCAGAGCUGCGAGGAGCACUGCAGGAUCUACCUGUGUGGCACUAAGAACGACCUGGUCGCAGGGGAUCGCAGCCUGCGCCAAAUCGACUACCACGACGCUCAGGACUUUGCUGAAGAAAUCGGCGCGCAGCACUUUGAGACCUCCAGUAAAACAGGAAAUAAUGUGGAUGAGCUGUUCCACAAAGUGGCUGAGGACUACAACAGCAGCGCCUUCGAGUAUAUGACAGCAGAGGAAACGGGUGUCGACUUGGGCCAGAAGAAAGACUCAUAUUUCUACUCCUGUUGCCAUAACAACUGAUGCUGAGCAACAGGAAGGGGAGUCCGUCGCCUUCCCUCGACUGGAGUGAAACCUGGAUAUGCUGGACAGAUAACUCAGCUCUGCGAACUGGGAUGCAAGAAAAAGAAUUAAGUAAACACUGUAAUGUUUAUAACUUGUUAGAUAUGUUCAUUUCUUUCUGUGCCAUAAGAACUGAGGGCUGCAGGACUUUGUAGAAGAGGAUCUGCUCCUGCUGUUGGGGAUGUCCCCUGUUUUAUGGUCUCGUCAGCCGGUCCCCCUUUCCUCUGCAGCGUCCUCUCAGCUGGACCCUGGAAGUUAUCACAUCCCCAAAGCUGCAGUGUGAAACGGUCUGAGGCUGAGGGAACCAGCAGAGAACCGGCAGAGAAGAGCUGACUGGGACUGCUGAUUGCUGUAGUACCUGCAGGGCUUGAGGAGGUUGGGUGGUUUGUUUACAGCAGGCACACCUGGAAUUCUUCUUUCUUAUACUUUUGCAAAUGAAUGAAAUGGUACCAAUGCUCUGACAGGUGUGUGUGUGUGUGUGUGUGUGUGUGCGCGCGCGCAUCCCAGAUCAGCUUUCCACACUUUGUUUCUUAUGUGUUUAGCCCAACCUUUGCCUUGUGAAGUAUUAACAGGCUCGGAUACGGAGUCACCACUUACGUCCCAGUGGCCACCUGUGGUACUGCAAUCACCCCAAAAGCAUAGAGGCAUCUAAAAACUGUUGACAGCUUUCUGCACACAGUGUCCUCAUGUAAAGCGUGUUGGCUGAGAGGGGACACAAAUGGGCGGGGCCUGUUGGAGAAACACUAAUGAGCAUGUGCAGUGGAAGUAAACCCGAAAGCUGUUUUAACUUUUUUUGGUUUAAGCGCUCAAUAAGCAGUUUACGUUGAAGUGAAGGUGGGCCAUGUGGGAGUUCAGUAUCCCGUCUGUGCGACACAUCCACAGCGACAGGAGCAGCGUAUGUCUCACUUGCUGGAUAAGCUUCGAUUGUGUCAGAAAGAACUUCAGAUAAGCUCGUUUUAAGGUGGCCAUUACAAACACACCAAGAUGUCUGCCUGGCCUCGGCCGGCUGAAAGAAAAUUUAAAGGACACUUACUACAUUUAAACUCUACAUUUUCUAUUUUCUAAAAAUUUCAAAUGCACAGUAUGGAAAUGCGGGUCUUCAUGACUGAUGAUGAUUGAAGAGCCAAGUUCCACCGUGUUGAGAAACAGCAGAGUUCAGCAACACAGGAAAACACAAGCAAAAUGUUGUGAAUGUUGUAAUGUGUCGCCAACUGUCAUUUAAAAUGUUCUCAGAUUUCUCAGAGUAAUGUGUGCAUCCAUAUUUAACUUCAAGACUCCACUCACUAAUUUAUUGCCUUUGAAGCUGUGCUGGCAGGAGGACACGGGGAAUAAACGGACACGGUCUGAGUUUCCUCCAUGUUGCUGCUUUGACGUGUUCAUGUUCAGUGUGUUCAUAUUUUGAUGCACAAUGUUUUUUAUUGACGGCUGCUGAAGGCGGACAGAAGUACUCAUAUGUUCUGUAAAAUUAAAAGCUUGUUAAAUGAA